ACGUGAACCUACCAACAAUUCCAUGUUUCGUUUUCUCCAUUUCCCCUGACCUCAAAAACGAUGAUUAGACGUGCUGACUCGCUGACUCUAUCCUCCUCCCUCCUUCCCAAGCUCGGCUCGGCUCUGCUCUGAAGCUCAAGCUCCGCGCCUGCGCUUCGUUGGCGAAAUCGCACCGCAGCUCCCUCCCCCACCCGCCGCCGCGACAAUGGCGACCCCCGCCGCGCAGCGAUUCGGCCGGCGGCUCGCCUCCUCGGCUCCUCGCCGCCUGCUCUCGUCUUCCGCCGCCGGCGAGGGCGCCGUCCAGCGGAGCCAGAGCCAGAGCCAGAGCCAGAGCCCGUCGCUGAACCUCUGCUCCGCCAUCAACCAGGCUCUCCACAUCGCCCUCGACUCCGACCCUCGUUCUUAUGUAUUCGGAGAGGAUGUGAGCUUCGGCGGGGUCUUCCGUUGUACAGUGGGAUUAGCUGAUCGAUUUGGUAAAGGCAGGGUUUUUAAUACCCCUCUGUGUGAGCAGGGACUGGUUGGAUUUGGUAUCGGUCUUGCGGCAAUGGGAAAUAGGGCUAUCGCGGAAAUUCAGUUCGCAGAUUACAUUUAUCCUGCUUUCGAUCAGAUUGUCAAUGAAGCUGCUAAGUUCAGAUAUCGUAGUGGGAAUCAGUUUAACUGUGGAGGCUUAACAAUAAGAGCACCUUAUGGAGCAGUAGGACAUGGGGGGCAUUAUCAUUCACAAUCCCCAGAAGCAUUCUUCUGUCAUGUCCCUGGUAUCAAAGUGGUCAUCCCUCGAAGCCCAAGUCAAGCCAAAGGACUAUUACUCUCGUGCAUACGUGAUCCAAAUCCUAUCGUCUUUUUUGAACCGAAGUGGCUGUAUCGUUUGGCUGUCGAAGAGGUUCCUGAACACGAUUACAUGUUGCCAUUGUCGGAGGCAGAGGUGAUUCGCGAAGGCACUGACAUAACAUUGGUUGGAUGGGGAGCUCAGCUUUCCGUCAUGGAAGAAGCCUGCCUUGAUGCAGAAAACGAUGGGAUCUCUUGUGAACUGAUAGAUCUUAAAACUCUAAUACCCUGGGAUAAGGAGACAGUGGAGGCAUCUGUCAGGAAAACUGGAAGACUUCUGAUUAGUCACGAAGCUCCUGUAACUGGAGGUUUUGGUGCUGAAAUCUCUGCUUCAAUUGUUGAAAGAUGCUUCUUAAGACUAGAAGCCCCAGUUGCCAGAAUCUGUGGUCUGGACACACCCUUUCCCCUUGUUUUCGAACCCUUCUAUUUGCCCAACAAAAAUAGGAUACUGGAUGCCAUAAAAUCAACUGUAAAUUACUAAUGGGUACUUGACUCUCAUUGUUCACUCCAGUCCUAUGCCUUGAUAUGAUGUGCAUAACAAAUUGAGACUUGCAAAAUUUUAGAAACCAGUUGUUCGAUACUUCAUGCCUGAAAGAUUUGACUGUAUCAACCCCUGCUGUAUGUGAAAGUGUCCAUGAAUGAUUUUUCGGGGUAGUCCAUGGCUGGAAUAAAGAGUUUGUCUUUCCUUGCCUUGGCUUUAA